AUGGGAGGUUUCAAGGCCGCCACUACGCUGCUCGUUGUCGCCAUCCUCAUCGGUACGCCUCCCCCCUCUCUCCCUCAUCGCCUCCCCACUCCCUCCCCCGUCGCCUCCCCCCACCCUCACAUAGCCCCAAGUGACGUGGGAUUGUUACUGGCGCGAGGAGCAUCUGCCGCGUACGCCGCGACUGCCGGCGCUGGCAGCGAUUCGACUGGUGCAGGCACGAGCGCGACGACGACAACCAGUGGUAGGGGCGCGAUCGCGAGAAAGGGGGUGCCGGUUUACGCGGAGCGGCGUGGAAGCGACGCCUCUGGUACUACUACGGGCGCGAGCGAGACGACUACUGGUGGUAGAAGCGCGGCGAGCGAGUCGUGGGUGACGAGCGCGCCAACUGGCAGGCCCGCGGCGCGCGAGACGGUUCCCGCGGAGGUGCGCGUGGGCUCGGUGAUGCUCCUCGGCUCUCUCACACAGCCCCGCUCCGUCUCCUUCGACUUUGCGCGCUGCGUUAGCGCGCCUGAAAUCGCGAGCGGCGGCGCGACGGACGCGCUGGUGUGGUGGGACGUGUUUUCGGAUCGCACGGUGUGCAACGCGGUGCAGCUGUUCGCGUCGCCCGACUGCUCGGGUACUGCAGCGGCGAAACACCUGUUCAAUGGGUACAUGAGCCCUCCCGACUGCUCGGGUGCACCAGCUGCAAAGUACCCGUUCAUGCCGUACGGCAUGAGGUGA